CUGUAGCGUCAGGAUUGCGUCAAUUUGGGUUUGAACCACGUCUUCAGUCUCAGAGCAGAGCUACUCAGAAGAGCCAAAACAGGAAGGGGGUUGCAAAUCAGUGUGCAAAGGGGAGGACUGAAGCUUCCCCUCCCCCGCCUCAUUUAGACCCCUCGCAGCUUUCUCCUCUACUUCCCCACUGCUUGUGUCUCUGGGUUUUGUUUUAUUUUUUUUCAGUUGUUUUAUUUUAAAAAAAAAAAAAAAAGCUGGAAAAGCCGGUUGCCCAGGCAGUGUGAGAGUGGAGAGCCGAGGGACAGCAAGACAGAGUGUUCGGCUCCCCGGGCAGGUGUGUCUUGUCACCCGGGGAGGCGGCUCCCGCUCCCCGGACUGCGGCUCAAGCACCGCGGACAGAGGCUCCAGCACCGCGGACAGCGCACGCCGCCAACAUGGCUCCGAUCGCGGCCAGCCGGCAGCAGUUCGAUGAAAUUCCUACAGUGGUCGGGAUUUUUAGUGCAUUUGGCCUUGUCUUCUCUGUCUCUCUUUUUGCUUGGAUCUGCUGCCAACGUAAAUCUUCCAAAUCCAAUAAGACCCCUCCGUAUAAGUUCGUCCAUGUUCUGAAGGGAGUUGAUAUUUACCCUGAGAAUCUCAACAGUAAGAAGAAGUUUGGAGCAGAUGAAAAAAGUGAAGCAAAGAAUAAAUCAGCAAUGCCAAAGAAUUCUCUCCAUCUUGAUCUGGAGAAGAGAGAUUUAAAUGGCAACUUCCCCAAAACAACCUCUAAAAUCCAGAGCUCUCCAGAUCUUGAAAAUUCAUCUCCUAAGCACUUUGCAGAAAGGAAGAAAGAUUCAGUAUCCCCUGAUAGUUUAAAAUCCAUCACUUCCCUGUCAUCUGAAGAAAAACAAGACAAGCUAGGAACUCUCUUUUUCUCCUUAGAGUACAACUUUGAGAAAAAGGCAUUUGUAGUGAACAUCAAAGAAGCACGUGGGCUGCCAGCAAUGGAUGAACAGUCAAUGACUUCUGAUCCCUACAUCAAAAUGACAAUCCUGCCUGAGAAAAAGCACAAGGUGAAAACCAGAGUGCUGAGAAAAACCUUAGAUCCAGCUUUCGAUGAGACCUUCACGUUUUAUGGGAUCCCCUAUAGCCAAAUUCAAGACUUAACACUUCACUUUAUGAUCCUGAGCUUUGACAGGUUUUCCAGAGAUGACGUCAUUGGAGAAGUCCUCAUUCCCCUCGCAGGAAUUGAACUGUCAGAAGGAAAAUUGCUAAUGGACCGAGAGAUCAUCAAAAGAAAUGUUAGGAAAUCAUCAGGACGUGGAGAAUUACUGAUCUCUCUCUGUUAUCAGUCUACAACAAACACGCUUACUGUGGUUGUUUUAAAAGCCAGGCAUCUACCUAAAUCUGAUGUGUCAGGAUUAUCAGACCCUUAUGUCAAAGUGAAUCUGUAUCACGCUAAGAAGAGAAUUUCUAAAAAGAAAACACAUGUGAAGAAAUGCACUCCCAAUGCAGUGUUCAAUGAAUUAUUUGUCUUUGAUAUUCCUUGUGAGGGCCUUGAUGAUAUCAGCAUUGAAUUUUUGGUUUUAGAUUCAGAUAGGGGGUCAAGGAAUGAGGUCAUUGGCCGGUUAAUCUUGGGAUCAUCAGCAGAAGGAACAGGUGGAGAGCACUGGAAAGAAAUCUGUGAAUAUCCUAGGAGACAAAUUGCCAAAUGGCAUAUGUUGUGUGAUGGUUAGCAGCUUAGAGAGGGGUUGGAACUUGAAAAACUACACCUGUUCCCACAGGCAAGAAGCAGUUUUCUUUCUUUGCUAUGUAUAAUUACAGGCUUGUAACUACAAUACUUUUGGUUUGGUUUGGUUUGGUUUGUUGUUUUUGUUUUUUUUUUUUUUUUGGGGGGGUGAGUGAAUAAAAACUGGAUUGAAUUAUCAGAACAGAAGGUAACAAAUUUUCAGAGCAAAUAAAAUUAUUUAUAUUUCAUUAGAUUGGAUCAGAUUCUUAUUCUUCUGGGGUUUAAAUAGUCUGAAACUACUGAAGCAGUAUAAAUUUCAAAAAAAUAAACUAUAUUUCAUGAAAAAGUCACUAGAAACUUUAUUAGUACUGUUACACAGAAGAAGAUAACCUAAAUAAAAUAUGUUGUUAGAUCUAAAAAAAUCCCACCUGUGACUUUCUGGGCUAAGGGGCUUAGUCUAUAAAAGCCAUGGAAUGAGGGUAGAGCCAGCAGGAAGGGAGUUCCUUUUACCUCUCAAUCAAAAACCUUCUUUUAUGAAAAUUCAAUCAUUAUUUGUAAGUUUUCCUUACUUAUACUUUGCUCAUUCCAAAGACUGAAGAAAUUUUCAGUGAUUUGCUUUACAUAUCACAUCAUGUGAAACUAGUUGUUUUAUGUGUGGAAAUACUGUACAAUUAUUCACACUUGGAUUUUUUUUUAAUAUGCAUAUAUAUAACUUGUUUUAUUACAGUGAUCAAAAUAUAUACAUUCUACUAAUCAUUAAGCAAGUUAGCAUACAUUAUUUUGUUAAAAGGGCUCCUUUAUGGAUGACUGCACGUGUUACAUUAUAGCUAGAAUUUUGGAUUAGAUAUGGGUUGUGUUUAAUUUUUUUUCAUUGCAAGAAUUACUCUUUAAGCAUUUCAAGCCAUGAGAAAGCAUUUCUGUUGAGGUGAGGCAACAUUCAGGACCUUACACCAAUUGUAUUUUAAACCAUUCAAUAAUGGUUGAAAAAAAUCUGUUUCUUCUUUUAUUUCAUUAAAGAGCAAACAAAAUAGUGAGAAAACACAACCUUAUUCUGCUGUUUAACUUCCUGAACUGUGACUAAUGCCAUUAAGGUCAGUAGACCUGCUUGCAACAUACAAAGAUUAAUGCAUUUUUAAACUUUUGCAGGAUAAGAAACCAAGCUUACAUUAUCAUUUGUCCAAUAUGAUGUUGGAAAAACUACUUGAAAAAAACAUUUCACUUAGAUUAUAUGCAUUAAUUUCCAUUACUCAUUGUACUGAAAAUUGGUGGUGGUAGGGGAAAAUAACACCAUGAUUUCAUGUUAGUGUGGCAUAUAUAUGUCUAAACUUAAACUGUGCCAGGCUGAGGGACUAUCAAGUGUAAUAUAAACAAGUAUAUAAAUAAAGCAUUUAGACAUGUGAAAUUUACUCUUGGUCACACCAGAUAGAUUUUAGGCUGUCAGAACUAUAGCACAAUUACAAGCAGAUUAUUUCCUAAAGUUUGUACCCUGAUUUCUGACACAGAUUUUUUUGUUUGUUUGUUUUUAAAUAUUACUCCUACAUCAUUUUCAAUUACCAUAUGUAUAAAGAAUAUAAUGAUGUUAGUUGUUGACAUCAGAAGGAUUUAAAAAGUGGGAAACCUUUUUCAGUAUUUUUGCGUAUGUCAUUUUGUCGUGUUUAUUUCCACUGAAGUAAAUGAGACUAUUCGGGAAUUAAAGUACUGCUCAAUGAGAGUAAAGGUAUCAGAAUGGAUGUGCCAGGUAAAAAAACCAUACACAGGCUAUCAAAUUAAUUUAAUUAAACAACAUAACCAGGUCCUAUUGAAAACUUUUGGGGAUUUGGUGUCUUUACUUGUUCUCAUAUGGCCAAAUUAUGUUUGCAGUAAAGGACACUGAAAUAUUAAAUAUGCAAGUAGACAAAUAGUACUGGAAGAAUUCUGUUGAGGCUCUUCCAGGUUUUGUGUCGCUAUUUUCUCCAGUUUUUGAGAAUGUGUUUGAUAUAACAGUGUUUAUAGAUUUCUGUAAAAAUACAUUUUCAAAAUUACAUAAACGUGCUUUUUAUGAUAAUGCUCAAUGUAAAAAAACAUGUGUAUUGUAUGUAUCCAGGAGAGGAAUCUUUUUUUCUUAUUUCUUUAGAAAGCUGGAUAACUACUUAAAGGCUGAAGUUUGCCAGCCACAUUCAAGCAGAGCUAAUUCAAAGCCACCAAUACAAAGAAAGAUGCCCAUAGGCUUCAAUGGAAUUUGAAGUGCAAUCACAGAGCAAAACUCUUCUUGUCAGUCAGCUCAGCAAUGUCAAUAGGACCAUGGAAAAGGGGAAAAACUGUUUGACCUAAUGCAGACAUGGAGAGUUUUUAUCAGUACCACACAACCAGAGUUAUUACAAUGUCUAGUAAGGAGAGAACUUUAUACUGAAAAUGAUUGCAUGAAAGAGAGUGGGACAGGUUGCAAUUUAAAAAGAAAAAAAGAAAAAAAAAAAGAGGUUUUGUAUAUUAGCUCGUAAGUAGUACAUUAUCUCUAAAAAUCAGGUGACACCUUUUUGAAUUAAUGAUGGGCUGUGACCAUCUUUCAUUUUGCAUCCAACAAGUCAUCUUCAAUAUUAUUCUUUAAGUUUCUAUAGCAGCUUGAGGGUUAAUAUUUCUACCAGCUAAAUGGUAGUUGUUGGGGAUAAGUAGUAUGAAUAGGAAAGGGAAGCAAAAACAUUUUUAUUAAAUCUAAAAAAUCUGUAAAUAAAAUUUUGUGUUUCAUUUAAAGCAAUGUUUAGCUUGGAAAGUCAAGUAACGCCAACUCGUGACACAUCUGUAAACCAGACAAGGCAGGACCGAAUGUAGACCUGUACUGAGAUGAGAAAUUCUGCUGUUUUAUAAAGUAUUCAAUACUCAUUGUGAAUAUCUUGAACUCUGUUAAGGAUACUGUACUGUAUUAAACAUGUAAAAAACUAUGUUUGUCUAAGUAGCUUACAAAAAUAAUAACUCCUUGAAUGGGAGACUAUCCAUGUCUGGGGAUCUGUCGUAACUAAAUACCUGAUUCGUUAUGGUGUUGUAACUUAAUAGAAGUUAUUGGAGAGGAAGCAUGGUGUAUGAGAUUUUGUAAGUUAUUUGUGCCGGUUCUGUAUGUUGUGCCAUGUGUGUAAGACAAGAAUAAACUGCUGCUUUCAUUCAUCACAUCCCAAAA